UUUAAGGUCUGGUUCCAGAAUCGCCGUUCAAGGUGGCGCAAGAGUUUAAAGAACCAACCAUCUAUGGGUCCCAACAGUGAUAUCAGCAACCCAACCGGCAUAUUUCAGCUGUCGCUUGCCAGUUUCCGCCCUGGUUUCCAGCUACUGCAAUCAGCGCCCUUCAGAUCCGGUGAGCCAUUUUUUCCGCCAUUUGCCAACAGCCUUUUGUUCUUCCAAGGCCACUUCAAUGCCAGUACGACACCAGUCGCUUCACAGGAUCCACAAACUGACACCGCAAUGCUUGGCCCGCCUGUAUCAGCUUCAGUGAGCCCGUCCUUCCUGACCAGUGUCCCAUCCUCGAGCAGUUACGAGAAACCGUUCCAGAUUUCCUGCUUGAAGAAUCGCUACUCGGCUGAUGAUUAUUUAGCUGCUGUUACUCUGGCCAGUGGUUUUCAGCGAGAAAAUUAG